CAAGUAUUGUUUGUUUAUGUACGUUAAUCUUGACAGCAUUAUAUGCAGUCAAAUACUUUAAAGAUCAAGAAAAAUAAUUUUUCGCCAAAAAGCCUGCUGGCCGGUUUGCUUCAGCAGACCUUGUUGGGUUUUUUUUUUCAGCAGCCCCCUGACUCCUUUUCCUUCGUUGUGUAAAAAAGUUCAAUUAAGACAUUGAUCGAAAGUGAGUUGAGAAUUUGAAAGGGAAAAUGGAAGAACAAACAGAAAUGGUAGGAAGAGCAUUUGUGGAUCACUACUACAAUCUUUUCGACAAUGAUCGAUCAUCGAUUGGUACUCUGUAUCAACCAAGCUCAAUGCUCACAUUUGAGAGCCAGAAGUUGCAGGGAAGUGAAAAUAUCUCUGCUAAGCUUAAUGCAUUGCCUUUUGGACAAUGCCGCCAUGCGAUUAGCACCAUUGAUUCUCAACCUUCGUCCUUUGCCGGAGGGAUCAUUGUCUUUGUCAGUGGUAGCAUUCAACUUCUUGGAGAGGACCAUCCCCUGAGGUUUAGCCAGAUGUUUCACUUGAUCCCAACUGUGGAAGGAAGCUUCUUUGUGCAGAAUGACAUAUUUCGCCUCAACUAUGGGUAGUUUAGCGUUUGUGUGGAGAAAAUGUUGAUCAAGAGAAACAAAAACAGUGUUUGUGUGAGUGGAAAUGUCGAAGAGAGAAAAUUAUUGGUGAUGUAAUGAGUUGAAUAUGGUCCUGGCUUAACAAAAGAAAUUGGAGCAUCACAUUAUUGAUUUGCUAAUUGCUUUGUAAUACUGGGUAACCUUUAUCCAAUUUCCAAUUACAA